CAUGUUGAUAUUCCUUUUCUAGGCACGUUUCAUGUUUUAAUCUCUUAGUUUUGGUUUGGUGAAGAUCUCACAGAUCUUGAGUUUUGUCAAUUAUUUAAGGGCCCUUUUGGUCUCUCCUCAAAAAAAAGAAAACAAGGCUCUGCUGAAGCAAUAACUGCAGCCUGAACAAAGAUAACCUUGAUCAUGUCAGACAAGGCUCAGCUGAAAAAACCUGCUUCAAAAUGUGAUUGUGCGAUAACAGUGAGGAAGAAAGAUGUUCAGAUACAAAAGAUGGAAACGAAAAUUGCAAAGUUGAGAAAGCAGAGGGAUCUUGCUGAGUCCAGGCUUGAAGAUUUCAUGAGAAUGAUUGAACACCAUCAUGCCUUGAAGUCUGGAACUCCCUAUUUUGGCAACCACACAAACAAGUGGGAGGAUGAUGGUUCAGUAUCAGAUACAUCAGGCGUGGUCGAUUUAGACACGAGGAGUUUCAUGUCUGACGAUGAUGAUGAUGUCAAUGAAGAGCUGCCUAUGUGUUCAGAAAAUCCAUCAGAUGAAUAUUGCAGAGAAGUUCAGUGCAUUGAGACUGAGGAAUCAGCCACAGUGUACAGUAAUAACAACCACAAAGAGGAGAAAGAAGAAACUAAAAAUGUUGUAGGACAUAGUGAGUAUGCUAAUGAUGAAACGAGUGUAGUAGGCCAAAACGUGAACCACAGAGAUACUGUGCCAGAGAAGAGCACUCCACCUCAAAAACUAGGGGCAGACUUCCUAGAAAGACAAGAAGAGAGUGUGUUUCCUGAUUUCGAGUUGGGUUCUAGUGUGUCGAGGAGGAAGGAUUCUAUGUCUUCUUGCGGGAGCAGUUGCAAUUCCAGUGGCAUCCCAACGCCCUUGGGAGAAGAGGGAGGUAUCUCUACCGUCAGGGCUUUCGUUGAUGGGAUUAAGGAGCUGGCUAAGCGUCAUCAAGAGGAUUCUAGUAAAAUGGGGAGGGAGCUUGCUGUAGACUCCAUGGAGGGAGACUUUGAGAGACAGAGGAAAGAGAUUCUGGUGCUAUGGGGAACAUGUAACAUCUCUUUGGUUCAUAGAACAUAUUUUUACUUGCUCUUCAAAGGAAAUGAUAAGGAUGAUUCAGUCUACAUUGGAGUUGAACUAAGAAGACUUUUAUUUAUGAAAGAUCGCUUCUCUCAGGGAAAACAAGCCUUGCAAGGAGGAGAAACCUUAACAUUGGCUUCAAGCCGGAAGGUGCUUGAAAAGGAGAGAAAGAUGCUGAGCAAACUUGUGAAGAAAAGGUUUUCAGAGGAAGAGAGGGCAAGAAUCUAUCACAAGUUUGGGAUUGCGGUUAACUCCAAAGACAGGCGUUUACAACUUGUGAACAAGCUUUGGAGCAAUCCCAAGGACAUGACUCAGGUUGUGGAAAGCGCAGAUGUUGUAGCCAAGCUUGUGAAGUUCACUGAACAAGGCAAAGCCACGAAGGAGAUGUUUGGUCUGGCCUUCAAGCCUCCUUCCUUAUUGAAAGCUCGUGGUUGGAGAAAGCCUACACUUUUCUAACCAUCUUGUACCUGUGUGUGUCCUUUCUUUUUCAUUUGUCUGUUCUUUUGAUUUUGAAGGAGCCAGCCAACAUUUUGUAAUUGAUACUACCCUUUCUUUAAAGAUACAUAUUCUAGAAAAAAAAUUUGUUUCUAAAAGAUCCAUUUUUUU